AUGGAAGAACACAAUGCUACUUCUGUUGAAACAUUUAUCCUGCUUGGCUUCUCUCACCUCCCUCAUCUUCGACUCUUCCUAAUCUGUGUCUUCUCAUACCUCUAUAUUUUCACUUUACUGUGGAACAACCUCAUCAUCCUGCUCAUUAUAAAUGACUCUAAACUUCAUACGCCAAUGUAUUUCUUCCUGGCAAAUCUCUCCUUCAUAGAUGUGAUUUCACCAUCAAUCACAAUGCCUAAAAUGAUUACGGAUCUUGUCUCCAAGAACGGCGUUAUACCUUAUCGUGACUGCAUUACUCAGUUGUGUCUAAUACUUACAUGUGUUGCAACAGAAUCCAAUGUACUUUUCAUCAUGGCUUUUGACCGAUAUGUUGCUAUUUGUAACCCCCUUCAGUACACAAAAAUUAUGAGUUACAAAAUGUGCAGUAAGUUGACAUGUGGUUCAUGGCUAAUAGGGAGCUUCUUUUCUAUCAUGCUGUCUUUGCUUACCAACAGCAUUGAUUUCUGUGGCCCAAACCAGGUCAACCACUUCUUUUGUGAUAUUCUCCCACUUUUUUAUCUUGCCUGCUCUGACAUUACUUUGAAUGUAACUUUGCUGUAUGCAUCUGAUAUUUUAAAUGGGAUAUGUAAUUUCGUGGUUAUUCUCAGCUCCUAUGUUAGCAUUGCAAGUGCCAUUAAAAAAAUUAAAUCUGAAGAAGGGAGGAAAAAAGCUUUUUUAACAUGCAGUUCACACAUUAUGGUGGUCUGUAUGUAUUAUGGUACAACCAUUGUCACAUAUUUGCAUUCUAUUAAGAACUACUCUGAAUCCAAAGACAGAACAGCUGCUGUUAUCUAUACAACAGUUACCCCAUUGCUCAACCCAUUAAUAUAUAGUUUUCGAAACAAUGAUGUAAAGAGGGCCCUAAAGAAAGUGUUUUGUAAAUAG